AUGCUGGAAGCACAACAACAACAACAACAAGCACAACAACAACAACAACAACAACAACAACAACGACUACAACAACAACAACGACGACAACCACCACAACCACAACGACGACAACCACCACAACCACAACGACGACAACCACCACAACCACAACGACGACAACAACAACAACAACCACCACAAAUUCAAACAAUGCGCGCAAAGGCAACAGGGAAGAGCGCCUUACCAACAAGCAGCCGGACCACUAACGCGCAACCAGACGGUGUCCCCACCCGCCGUGGCCAGCACUAA